AUGGAGAAAAAAGAACAUCAAAGACAAUCAAUUUUGUUGGAAACAAAAAUUGUAAUUUUAGAUCGCUUAGCAAAAGGAGAAGGAUCUACGGCAAUUGGAAAACAUUUUAAUUUAGGCGAAUCUACUGUAAGAGUAAUUAAGAAGAAUGAAGUCGCAAUAAGAAAAUCUGUCAUUUCUGGUACAAAAUUAAGCGCCAAAUUAUCAUCUUACUCAAGGGAUGUAUUAUUAGAAAGAACAGAAAGAGCCCUCGCAAUUUGGAUUGAGGAACUAAUUCAAAGAAGAAUUCCUGUAAGUGGUUAUUUAAUCCAGGAAAAAGCUCUUCUGUUUUAUGAGUCAAUGAAACAGUCAGAGCCAUCAACUUCCACUUCCCAGGCUGGUAAAGAAUUUUCAGCUAGCAAAGGAUGGCUAACCGGGUUUUUAAAAAGAAAUGCACUUCAUAAUAUCAAGAUUACAGGAGAGGCUGCGUCAGCAGAUGAAGGAGCAGCAAAAAAAUUUCCACAGGAGCUAGCAAAAAUUAUUGAAGAUGGGGCCUAUUGUGCCGAUCAAGUAUUUAACGCUGAUGAGGCGAGGCAGGACUGUAUUGGAAAAAAAUGCCUAAUCAUACUUACAUCCAAUGCAUCAGGAGAUCAGAUGUUGAAACUACUCAUAAUAAAUCGAUAUCUUAGACCACGUGCUCUAAAAGGCAAAGAUUUAAAACAACUGCCAGUUUAUUGGAUGGCUAACCUGAUAGCCUGGGCGGCAACAGCUAUUUUUACAGAAUGGUUCAAUAAUUGCUUUGUACCAGAAGUGGAAGCCUAUAUGAAGGAAAAAUCUCUCGAUUUUAAAGUUUUGUUAAUUAUUGACAAUGCACCAGGUCAUCCACAGUUAGAACAUCCAAAUGUUCAAGUAGUAUUUCUUCCGCCCAAUACAACAAGCCUUAUUCAGCCAUUAGAUCAAGGCAUAAUUGCAACUUUUAAAAAAUAUUACAUUAAGCGAACUUACCAAUUCAUCUUGAGUAAACUAGAAAAUGAGUCCUUAACAGUAAAAGACGUGUGGAAGCAAUUUUCUAUUUUUGAUUAUUUGAUUCAUGUUGCAUCUGCUUCCGCUGAAAUAAGACCAACAACUUUAAAUGCCUGUUGGAAAAAGGUUUGGCCAGCAUGA